AUGAAAGUGCUUCUCAAGAACCCGAGACCUGAUUUCCAUCGUGACUUUGGUGGUGGUGGUGGUGGUGGUAAUGGGAGUAGUCUCAGUUACGGCAUGCCUAGCGCUCACUCGCAAUUUAUUGGGUUUUUCGCAGCUUACUACACGUGUGUUGCUGUUUUCAAAAUUGGUCAUUUGCAAAAAUGGCAAAAGGCAGUGUGGUCGGUGUGUUUGGGCUGCGUUGGGGUCUGUGUUGCUGGAUCAAGAGUGUAUUUGAUGUACCAUACUUGGCAACAAGUUGUGGUAGGAGUCACAGUGGGGGUUAUGUUUGGAAUGUUUUACUUUAUAUUCAGCUCGUUGAUGAGGGAUGUGGGGAUCGUUGACUGGGUGUUAGACUGGCCCGUGAUCAAGUACUUCCACGUCAAGGACUCUUAUCACCAUUGCUAUCAAACGUUUAAAGAUGAGUAUGAUACGUACUUGCGCCAGCGAAACCGAGUAAAAGAGUCAAGAAAGAAUAUAUGA